UCCUAAUAUAUAUUUGUAAUAUAUUUAAAAAUAAAAAGAAGUUACGAGAUUUUUUUAUUUAUUUUACUUAUUGAAGUUAAUUACUAAUUUUAUUAUUUAGAUUAUUAUUUAAUAAAUUUAUAUUAAAUUAAGUAAUUUAUUCAUUUCAAUUCAUAAUCUACUACGAAAAUGUCUGAUAUCCAGAUGGAUUGUGCACUGGAUCUUAUGCGGCGUUUACCGCCGCAAAAAAUUGAAAAGCAUCUCAGUGAUCUCAUUGAUCUAGUUCCAAGUUUAUGUGAAGAUUUACUUUCUUCUGUUGAUCAGCCAUUAAAAGUUAUUAAAGAUAAACAAGUAGGUAAAGAUUUUUUGUUAUGUGACUACAAUCGAGAUGGAGACUCAUACAGAUCGCCAUGGAGCAAUACUUACUUUCCACCAUUAGAUGAUGGUGCUGUGCCAACUGAGAAAUUAAGAAAGCUAGAAGUAGAUGCAAAUAUGGCUUUUGAUCAGUAUAGAGAAAUGUAUUUUGAAGGUGGCGUAUCUUCAGUUUAUUUAUGGGACUUGGACCAUGGUUUUGCAGGUGUAAUUUUGAUUAAAAAAGUUGGAGAUGGUUCUAAGAAAGUACGUGGUACUUGGGACUCUAUUCAUGUUGUUGAAGUACAAGAAAAAUCUAGUGGGCGCAGUGCUCAUUACAAAUUAACAUCUACAGUUAUGCUGUGGUUACAAACUAACAAAGCUGUUUCAGGUAGCAUGAGUUUAGCAGGUAGUUUAACACGACAAACAGAAAUGGAUAAUCCUACAUCUGAUGCAUCCCCGUACAUAGCAAAUAUUGGGCGAAUGGUUGAAGACAUGGAAAAUAAAAUGAGAAAUACAUUAAAUGAAGUUUAUUUUGGCAAAACUUGUGAUAUAAUGAAUGGUCUACGAAGUGUUGUUCCUCUCAAUGCUGAUGAUGAAAACAAAGAAGCUCUUCGUCAAGACUUAACAGCUGCUUUACAAAAACGACAUACUAAAUCAGAUGUGAAAGAUACAGUUAGUCCAAACUAAUUAAUUAUUAUUUAAAAAUAUUUCAAAAUUAUUUUUUUUUGUAUACUAGUUUUCAUAAAUAAAAAAAAUAGUUAACAGCAUUAAAUAAAAUCAUAACUAAAGUAUAAUUUUACUUUUUAUACAUUUUUUUUUUUUUUUUUGUGAAGUGAUUUUUACAAUCUUAUAUAAAUAUCAAUUUUAUCAUUUUUAGUAUCUUUAACUUAAAUUUUGCCAAGAGAAAAUCGUUUUAUAUAAUAUAUUCUUUAAUUGAAAAUUAAUUUCAAAUUUAAAUAAUGAUUUAUGAGAUUCAAAUUAUGUACCUAAAUGCAAUGUAAAUUAUUAAUUUAUAUGUGGUAAAUUGUUUAAAACAUUAUCAUAAGUAUUAACAAAUGAAAAAUUGAUGAAAGAAAUCAUAAUAUAUUAUAUUUUUUGAUUUUAUAUAGUUUAGUAGUAAAUUUAAUUUAUGUCUAAAAUAUAUUUAUAUAAUUAUUAUGUUAAAAAAAAAAAAUAGAAAAUUAAUGUUCUUGUAAAAUAAUUUUUAGAACUGAUUCAGUAACUAUAAUUUAAUAAAAUUAUUUUACCUUUAAAAGUAAAAGAGAUAUAAAUCCCAU